GAAAAUUGUUAUUUUGAAUAAUCACAGGAACAAAAGAGUCAUCUAAAGAUCGUCUCUUCCUUGAUUAUCUCCGUGAACCCCUUGCUUUACUCUCCGCAAUCGCAGCAUCUCCUCUCGGCUUCUUGUGGGCGAGAAAGCAACUUGGUUGCUUUCGAAGUGUGAAUGGUUGCCGUUGCUGACACUCGGCGAGCCUGAUUCUCAUUCAUCGCCAUUCAAUUCUCUGUCUGCUCAGCACUCUUUCACUUAUCCAAGCAUGGGUGAAGAAGGUGUGAAGUUGAUGGGGAUCAGGCAAAUAGUCAGGCUGAAGGAGAUGCUACAAAAAUGGCAAUCAGUAACCAUCGGUAACAAAGAGAAGCAACCAACUACCGUCAGUGAGAAAGAGGAUCAACCCAAAAGAUCUGGUAUCCCUCAUGUUAUCGACAAGCACCCAAAGAAUGCAAUGAUACAAUGUGACUCAGAUGAGGAGGGUUGCCAAAGCCCAGAACCCCCACCUGAUGUUCCUAAGGGUUAUUGUCCUGUCUACAUUGGACAAGAAAACCGAAGGUUUGUCAUACCGACGAGUUACCUGAGCCUUCCAGUAUUCAAGCUGCUGCUUGAGAAAGCUGAAGAGGAAUUUGGAUUUGACCACAAGGGUGCUCUUACGAUCCCUUGCGAGGUGGAGACCUUCAAGUACAUUCUCCAAUGCAUGGAACGGUAUAAAAAAGGCCUCAUUGAUGAUGAAGGAAAUCCAACAGGUCUAAAGGAGUAAACACAACCUGAACUUCGAUUGCUUGUGGAAAUUUUGGAGCUCUAGGGCAUUUUCACUGAAUGCUUGUGGAAAUAUCUUGGUGGCUGUUGUCUUAGGAAUCUGAUCUCCUUAGGGUGUCUACCUUUGUUUUUGUUCUUCAUUUCCCCAUUUCGUCCUGCUUACUUUGACUGAUAGUGUGUCUUGUGAGUUGCAUCUAUUAUGGUCUUAACAUCCUUUUGAGAUAUAUUUGAUGUUUCUGUAUAGCAUGUUUAUUCUUGGAUUUGUUUGCAACUUCGUAGUUUGUCUUCUCUUAAUUAGAACACUCAUUCAAGUUGAGUCCUUU